AUGGCCUGGCAAAUUGCAAUUUGGUGUUUAUUACUUGGAGGUAAAUGGAUGUGGAACGUGAGGGCCAAUCAGACCACUUUAGCAUCAAAUGGAACUGUUACCAUAACAUCGACCACACAAGCUGUUACAACAACAAUAGCUGCAGUCACAAAAGAUGAAACUACUACGCCCACUACUAUAGAAACUUGUGGUAUUAACUCAACUUGCACAACAGUUUUAACAAAUAAAACAAUUAGUACUACUAUUGCUACCACCACCACAACCCCCAAGCCUACAACCGCAAAGCCCAAAUUAAAAGUGUUUGAAGCGAAGAAGCCGAAGAAAGGUUGUAGCUGCAACACACAGAGAAGCAUAUGUGACAUCAAUUGUUGCUGCGAUGUGGAUUGUUCGUCGACGGACAGAGACGCAUUCGGUUACUGUGAAAAAGAGGAAAAUCGAUUUUAUGACACGAGGUACUGUGAUUAUAUUCAGCAUAUUUAUAUUAACAAUACGGAUUAUGAAUGGCAUGUAAAUGAGAACGGAUUGUUCUGCGUUGUCACUAGUAAUUUACCACCUUCAUAUAAUUUACAAAAGAAACAGCCACUUAAAACAUACGAUGAAGCAUUUCUACAGAAACAACAUAAAUAUUCUUGGUUUCAUAAAGAGCAAGUAUUAAAACAAGUUAGUACACAUAAUUUCAGUGAAGAAUUUGCUUAUGGUAGUCCCUUAUAUAUUAUUAAGGAUAAUAUAUUGUCUCAGAUGGAAAUCAAUGUAAAUUACUUUACCGACAUUUGCAAUGGCAAUAAAAAAAUAUUCUACUUAGAACAUAUAAAAACGUCAUGCUCUUAUUUGAGGGUUAGCGAAGAAAAUCACAAACUUAAUUUUACAACGUACUACCAUAAUAUAUCUGUGAUAGCUUCACCAAAUAUAUUCAACAUCUCCAAGUUUCACGAUGACCAGAGUUGCCCACGAAAUGUAUGCCUUCCUAUUAACACAAAACUUUGUGAUGAAAAUUUUAAUGUUUGCGUUAACAUAACGAAGCUUGAUAAAAAAUUAGAAAUUGCAUGCCAGUUUGAACUGGCCAGAAACAUCAACACGUGCAAAAAUGUAGUUACUAAACUUAAAUAUAACAUCUAUCACAAUGGAACAAAGGGAAUUAAAAGUGUUGAAUUGUUGGCUGUUUUGAAUUUAGUUAAAUACGAAUUCAGCAACAAAGAUUACGAGCAUUAUGUGGACGUGGAAGUUAAUUUUCUUUGGUAUAACCAAUCCAAGAGUUAUUCCAACCAACUGAGUGGUAGUCCAGGCUACAUUAUCGGUAAACCGAUUCUUAUAGGCAAUUUAAAAAAUCUAGGAAACCAUACACAUCCGAAUUUGAGUUUGAUCAGAGAUCCUUUGAGGUACGAGGAUAAUUUUUUGACCGUACCCAAAAAUAUUAACGGGGUUUGCGUACACAAUCAUUUAGUUUAUACUACAGUGGAGUUCGGCUAUAACAUGAUAACAAAAUGUAGAUUUAAAAGCCAAAUUGAAAAGAAAAAAAAUGAAAAUGCAACAAACGUUUGCAGAAGAAUGCAGGAAAAUAUUCUAUUAAAUUGGUUUAUUGAUAAAGAUGUUAAUAGAUCUUUUGGUCUCUUUGGAAAUGCAGAUUCCAAAGAGUUAGACGACUGGUGGCCAAUUCUUUUGAAAACCUCUGUUGGUGAUUUACUGAACACCACAGUUGGCAAUUUUUCCAACAAAAACAAUUCUGUUUAUUGUCUGAAUCUCGUCUCUGGAAUCGAGAUAGAUGUAUUUCAUUCUAAGGUUGAUUUUGAAGAUUUGAUUAACCAAGAGAAAAUAUUAGCUAUAACUUUUAAGUUUGAUUUGAUGUCAAAUAAGACUUUUAAGUAUGGUGACAAGGUAACUGAAUAUAGUAUGGAUUUAAAAAGUAGAAUUAUGUUCUAUGAUAUAACUGCAAAGAAGAUUAAGAAAUUCGUGGACCCCCCAACUUUUGAAAUAAAGUUACCAUACGACUUCUUUUAUCCUUUUGUUAGAGUUCAUCAGAAUGGCGCUCUCACAGUUAGCGUCUCUUUAGUGGUAUUUGUAGGAGUUAUUUGCAAUUUUGUGCAAUAUUUUUGAUAGGAAUAAAUUAUUUUAUGUACAAAA